AUGGAAGACGGUAAGCUUUGAAGCUGUUGAUCACCAGAUUUAAAAAUUAGCUGGAGAUCCUGAGCUGCCUGAGAUUUUACCAUUCUAAUAUAUUUUUAUAGGAAAUAAUCUUAAGAAUAACAAAUACCAACAAUGAGAUGAGAGCUUCGAGACUCAGAAACACGGGUGUCAGAAUAUAAAUAAAAUGGUGCCUGAGAUUGACUUCGAUAAUGCCACAACCAGAGAGAUUAGAAAUUACUUAGAAAAGGAAAGGAAAGAUUUAAAAUUGGAUGAGCUCGAUCAAAGCAGUAAUACAGAGGAGGAUCAUCACAAUAUUAGCAAAAUUUCUUCAAAAUUAAAAAGAGACAUAAUCAAGAAGCAUUCUCUUCAAGCUUCUAAAAGGAACAAGUCAACAAAUUCAAAGAAUAAUAGCCAACUUAGAAAGCCUGAUGUUUGUGUUAGAACCCAAAGGACUGACGAACCUGAAAUUGAUAUGGCCACCAGUCUGACAAUGAGGAACAAUAAUAAUGAAUAUCGGAAGAAGAAAUUGGCACCUCUUCCUUCCAAAAACACUUUUGAUGAAUAUGGACAACUUACUAGUAACUUUCCUUACUCCACUCGAGAUCUGAAUUAUGAAGAACCUGAUUUAGGACCAAAAAGUUUUAUCUUUAAUAUUCGAGACACUAAGAAUAGCCAAAGGAUUACUAACAAUUGCCUUCAAAGUUACAGAACAGAAAGAGCAAAGACCUGUAACUCUAGGAGUAACAUAAACAUGUGUAAAUAAGAAGAAAGAUAUUGAGAUUAUCCAGCCUGCAAGACUCAUUGAGAAAGAGAAGGCUAAAUUCUCAAUAGCUAAGAAGGAUAAUUUGCUAAUCAGUGAGAUGAGGAAUCAGAUUUCCUCCAUGAGAAAUGAGUUCAUGACUGCGAUAAAAGAUAUCAAAAAUAGUGUUGAGAAUUACUCAACUAUUCAUGAAAAGAGUUCAAGGUUUGAACCCUCAGCAACUGGGCAAAGUUAUCAGAUCUCCAAGCCAAUAUUUGAGAAUUUUACACUUGAUGAUGAAUGUAACAAACCUGUGGUUGAGAAAUCGUCAAAUGAAAGUUUUAUGAAGAAAAGUUCUGUAGAAGCACGAUCUUCCUCAGUUCAGAAUAACCAUAAGACUCUGUUUUAUAAACAUGCUUUUAAUAAAGAAAAUUCUGAUCCGAACCAAGACACGGUUCCAUCUGUGGAAUCUCAAGAAAUUCCAUGAUCAAGAUGAGUGACUAUAGUAGGCAAUAUAUUCCUACAAACUUUCCAAGGAAUUAUAGAGAGCCUUGCUUGUAAUUCCACGCAAGCUCAUGGCGUAGAUUUCUCAGUACUAGAAGCCCAAGCAGAUCAAAUAAAAGAGAGUAUUCAUAGAUUAAAGCAAGUUUCAACGAAGGUGGAGGCUCGCAAGACAUUAUCUCCAUACUCUGGCUUAUCUAAGAAGAAGCUCAUGGGUACUAACCCGGUGACACUUCCUGCACUAGAGAAAGGAGAAAGACAGGAAAUAUAUUGCCAUAAUAAUAUUGAUACUAAGAUUCCUCAUAUGAGCCUCCAGAAGAUGUACAGCAAGUGAACGGAUAGCAAAAAUUUUGAUAACAAAGGGAAUCAGUCUCUCAGGAAUAUCAAGAAGAAACCAAAGAAAUCUAAAAAAGAUAGAAAAGGAAGUAAGAAGCAAAAGAUUAGUCGAAACUUAGUUGAGCAAAACCAAUGGGCUUCAAGAGUUUUUAAACAGAGAUAAUAUCUUCAAUAUUUGCAUAUA